AUGAAAAACAAUUCUCAACAACAACAGACAAGAAAGAAGAAGAUAAUUGCCGAUGAUGAGGAGAGCUACGAUGAUGGAGAGUAUGCUGAGGAGGAAAUGUCUGAAGAGGAAGAAGCAUCCACCACAAUGAUGAUGGAGAAUGAUGAUUCACAAAGUCAAGAAUUUUCAUCUUCAGCAACAUUGGAUUCUAACAACAACAACAACAACAACACUAUUCAAAUCGCAAAUAUCGGAGAAGAUGACCGAUCAUCCUCUUCGGGUGAUAAUGAUGAGGACAAUGCCUACGUUAUGGGAAUUGAUGAAGCAGGAAGAGGACCAGUGAUUGGACCACUUGUUUAUGCCUCCAUGUUUUGCAAAGCCAAAUAUAAUACUGAUAAUUUCCUGAGAAAGACAUUUAAAGUGAAUGAUUCCAAAAAACUCACAGCAAAAACAAGAAACACUAUUUUUGAUUUACUUCGCCAAAACGCUAAAAUUGUGCACUACAUGACUUGUAUCAUUCAUUCGGAUGAAAUCUCUCACAAGAUGCUUUCUCGGAAAAAGUAUAAUCUCAACCUCAUUUCUCAUGAUUGUGCCAUUCAUUUAAUUAAAACAGCCAAUGAAGCUCUCAACAAAAAAGGAAAAUAUUUGAAAGAGGUCUAUAUUGACACAGUGGGAGAUCCAACAAAGUAUCAAACGAAACUUCAAGAGAAAUUUCCUGAAAUUGAAAAAAUCGUGGUUGACAAGAAAGCAGAUUCUAAAUAUCCAGUUGUAGGAGGAGCUUCCAUUGUUGCCAAAGUUAAGCGAGAUGAAAUUAUUGAUUCCAUUCAAUCCAAGAAAUAUCCUAAACUCAAAAUGGGAAGUGGUUACACCUCUGACAAGUACACGAAAGAGUUUUUGAAAAAGACACUCGAUCCUGUGUUUGGAUAUGAUCAUCAUGAUGUGAGAUUCAGUUGGGCAACCAUUAAAAAGCUUUUGAACGAUACGGCAGUGAGUGUGGAAUGGGAAGAUGAUGGCGAUGAGGAUGAAAUGGGAGAAAAUGCUUUUGAGAGCCCAUUCUCAACCAACAGAACACAAACAAAACUUUCCUUCCAUAUUGGAGCUGCAGAAAUGCAAAGACAUCGAAUUGAUUUUAUGAGUAAUAGAAAGAUUGAACUCGUCUCUGACUUGUAA